UCAGAGUUCCUCGGGUGAGAGACCUGGCAUGGUCACUGCUGUGGCCCCUGUUUGAUCCCUGGCCCCCAAAACUUCCACAUGCCUCAGGUGUUGCCAAAAACCAAAAAACACAAGUUUCUCCCUGAAAAAUACUCAAAAAAUGCACUGCACAAACAAAUCCGUCUGUAUACAGCAAAGAAGGGCAUGGCAUCACUUCAAUAGGAAAAGCAACAGAGACGUGCUCAAGGAUGAUGAUACCAGAUUCCUAUUUUGCUGGAACUGCUUUGCUUACUGGGGUGCGGAAACCGCGGGAAACUGAGACAAAGCAGAAAGCUUGCGGCGCCGGCGCCGGGCCCCAAGGGAGCUCUAGAUCGGAAUUUGGAAUCGGAACGUGAGUGCUGGAACCUCCCUCACAGCAACCACUCCAGCCGGACCGCUGAAAACCUGGAAAGUGGAUUUCCUCCACUCCGGCUCCCGGAAACUCCUGGGGGCGCCUGCGGCCGCUCUCACUGAGCAUGUGCAGGCGGCGUUGCGCAUGCUCCGUCGAGGCCCGGUUCGGUUUCUGUUGCGGAACCCGUGGUGUCUCCUAGCGCAACCGGAACUGUCCGUCGCGGGGCCGGCCUCCCUCAGCUCCGGCGGCCUGGUCCUCGUCUCCGAGCCUCCCCGUCCCUCCUUCCCUCUUCACCCCCGCGGCUCGGCUGCCCUUUCCCCGGAACAGCCGUCAUGAGCGCCAGGCUGUCGGCGUCGUUUCCAUCUCGGUGGCCGCGGCUGUGGCUGCUGUCGCUGCUCCUGCUGGGGGCCGCCCCGGGCCCGCGUCGGGGCGCCGCUUUCUACCUGCCCGGCCUGGCGCCCGUCAACUUCUGCGACGUAGAAAAAAAGAGCGACGAGUGCAAGACUGAAAUAGAACUAUUUGUGAACAGGCUUGACUCAGUGGAAUCUGUUCUUCCCUAUGAAUAUACAGCGUUUGAUUUUUGCCAAGCGUCAGAAGGAAAACGCCCAUCUGAAAAUCUUGGUCAGGUAUUAUUCGGGGAAAGAAUUGAACCAUCACCAUAUAAGUUCAAAUUUAAUAAGGAGGAGACCUGUACGCUUGUUUGUACAAAAACAUACCACACAGAGAAAGCUGAAGACAAACAAAAAUUAGAGUUCUUGAAAAAAAGCAUGUUACUGAAUUAUCAACAUCACUGGAUUGUGGAUAAUAUGCCUGUAACGUGGUGUUACGAUGUUGAAGAUGGUCAGAGGUACUGUAAUCCUGGAUUUCCUAUUGGCUGUUACAUUACAGAUAAAGGCCAUGCAAAAGAUGCCUGUGUUAUUAAUUCAGAAUUCCACGAAAGAGAUACAUUUUACAUCUUCAACCAUGUUGACAUCAAGAUACACUAUCAUGUUGUUGAAACUGGAUCCAUGGGAGCAAGAUUAGUGGCUGCUAAACUUGAACCAAAAAGCUUCAAACACACCCAUAUAGAUAAACCAGACUGCUCCGGGCCCCCCAUGGAUAUAAGUAACAAGGCUUCUGGGGAGAUCAAAAUUGCCUAUACGUACUCUGUUAGCUUUGAGGAAGAUAAGAAGAUCAGAUGGGCAUCUAGAUGGGACUACAUUUUGGAAUCUAUGCCUCAUACCCACAUUCAGUGGUUUAGCAUCAUGAAUUCCCUGGUCAUUGUCCUCUUCUUGUCUGGAAUGGUGGCUAUGAUUAUGCUACGGACACUGCAUAAAGAUAUUGCCAGAUAUAAUCAGAUGGAUUCUACAGAGGAUGCCCAGGAAGAAUUUGGCUGGAAACUAGUUCAUGGUGAUAUAUUCCGUCCUCCAAGAAAAGGGAUGCUGCUCUCAGUCUUUCUGGGAUCAGGGACGCAGAUUUUAAUCAUGACUUUUGUGACUCUGUUCUUUGCUUGCCUGGGAUUUUUGUCACCUGCCAACAGAGGAGCACUGAUGACUUGUGCUGUGGUCUUGUGGGUGUUGCUGGGCACUCCUGCGGGCUAUGUCGCUGCCAGAUUCUAUAAGUCCUUUGGAGGUGAGAAGUGGAAAACAAACGUUUUAUUGACAUCAUUUCUUUGUCCUGGGAUUGUAUUUGCUGACUUCUUUAUAAUGAAUCUGAUUCUGUGGGGAGAAGGAUCUUCAGCGGCUAUUCCCUUUGGGACGUUGGUUGCCAUAUUGGCUCUUUGGUUCUGCAUAUCUGUGCCUCUGACGUUUAUUGGUGCAUACUUUGGUUUUAAGAAGAAUGCUAUUGAACACCCAGUUCGAACCAAUCAGAUUCCACGUCAGAUUCCUGAACAGUCCUUCUACACAAAGCCGCUGCCUGGUAUUGUCAUGGGAGGGAUUUUGCCCUUUGGCUGCAUCUUUAUACAGCUUUUCUUCAUUCUGAAUAGCAUUUGGUCACACCAGAUGUAUUACAUGUUUGGCUUCCUGUUCCUGGUGUUUAUCAUUUUGGUUAUUACUUGUUCUGAAGCAACUAUACUUCUUUGCUAUUUCCACCUGUGUGCAGAGGAUUAUCAUUGGCAAUGGCGUUCAUUCCUUACCAGUGGCUUUACUGCAGUUUAUUUCUUAAUAUAUGCAAUACACUACUUCUUUUCAAAACUGCAAAUCACAGGAACAGCAAGUACAAUUCUGUACUUUGGUUAUACCAUGAUAAUGGUUCUGAUCUUCUUUCUUUUUACAGGAACAAUUGGCUUCUUUGCAUGCUUUUGGUUUGUUACCAAAAUAUACAGUGUGGUGAAGGUUGACUGAAGAAGCCCGGUGUGUCUGGUUAAAACAGAAAUAAAUUAACUUCAUCAACAAAGACUUGUUUUUGUGACUACCUUGAGUUUUAUCAGACUUAUUGGCCUAGUAAUCCUUCAGAAACAACGUAAUUCUAAAUAAACCUCUUCCCGUACACCUGUCCCCACAGAAUGUGUUCUCAACACUAAAACAUUUGUAUUGUGAUUUGAUUAAGCAUAUAUUCAGUUGUUCUCAAUGAAGAGCAAAUUUAAAUAUUAUGUGCAUUUGUAAAUACAAUAGCUAUAAAAUUUUCCAUACUUCUAAUGGCAAAUAGAGGAGGCCAUAUUAAACAAUACUGAUGAAAUACAGGACAGUUCCUUGUAAAUAGGAUUUUCUAGGCUCGGUAGGUGGGAAGAAUUAUUUUUCUUUGAAGGAAGUAACUUUUUAUCAUGGUAAUUUUGAAGGAUGAUUCGUAUGGUGUGUACUGGGGGGAUGUGGCUUUAAAAAAAAUCUUGUAUUGUUGUAAGUGUUCCUAUCUUCUGUGUUGACUUCAUUAUUCCCAUGGUAUUGGCCUUUUAAACUAUGUGCCUCUGAGUCUUUCAAUUUAUAAAUUUGUUAUCUUAAUAAAUAUUGUAAAAACGUC